GUUGAGCUCAACCUUAAUACACUCACUGCCUUGGGCCUGCAUCUUCUUUUUUUUUCGGUUUACUGCAUCACCGUUGCUUUUCAAACAUGAAAAGCUUCCCUGAGCAGUAAUUGUUCUAAAUUAUAUACGGAACCCAUUUGGCUCGUCGUAUACACUCCAAUAAUUUCUUUUGUGUUCAUCAACUGCAAUUGCGUGGUCGGUCGGCCAGUUGAUCUGCUGAUCUUCCUGUACCUCGGCUUCAGCGGAUCGCAUCACCAAGGGAAGACAGUCACGGGCCAAGGGAUCAAGCCACCAUGGGAAACAUCACGGCCGCCACACGGCGCAUCGCUGGGAGGAGGGCUCACAAAUGCACAAUACCAACCACUACUAAUUAUUUACCUUUACCAUUAUCAUCAUCAUUGCCACCGCCAUUUCUACCGUCAACAUCAUCGCAAUCGCAACAACACCGUAAUGCCUCCACAUCUACAUCCACCUCCACCUCCACUUCCCCAUCCUCAGCACUGCCCCCCUCAUCUAUCAAACACACCUCCACCACCACAGGGAAACCUCGCCGCCCAAGAACGGCAAUAUUCUUCCCCGGCCAGGGCGUCCAGAAAGUAGGCAUGCUGACGCCCUGGCUGGAGAACUUCCCCUCCACGGCCCGGCCUAUAAUCCAGGAGAUCGACGACUGUCUGGGUUACAAGCUCUCGGACAUCAUCCGGGACGGGCCCAACAAGCUCCUGACGGCCACCCCUCACGCCCAGCCUGCCAUCAUGGCCACGUCCAUCCUGAUCCUCCGCGUGCUGGAGCGCGACUUUGGCUUCUCCCCGCUCGAGCACAAGGUCAACUUUGUGCUGGGCCACUCCCUGGGCGAGUUCGCCGCCCUGGUCGCGGGGGGUUACCUCACCUUUGCCGACAGCCUGCGGCUCGUCCAGCGGCGGGCUCAGGCCAUGGCGGCCGCGACCAGGGCGGCGCGCGAGGGGAGGCCCGACGUCGAGUACGGCAUGGUGGCCAUUGUCACGGAGCCCGAGUACCUGCCGCGGCUAGUGCAGGCGAUCCGCGAAUUCCUGGGACACUCGAGCGAGGGCGCCAAGGCCGAGUCGUCGGCCUCGGCCGCACCCAUCGAGCAUGUCUCCAUCGCAAAUGUCAAUAGCAAGAACCAGAUCGUGCUGUCGGGCGAGCUGGGCCGCAUAAAGACCCUCGUGGCCCACGUGAGGCAGUUUCUGGGUCACGACCCCCGCGCCGUCCGCCUAAACAGCGACAGCCCCUUCCACUCGCCCAUCAUGAGGCCAGCCGUCGCAGUGGUGCGAGACAUGCUGGCUGCCGGCGGUGAGGGCGGCGGCAUGGUUACCUUUCCCGCCAAGAUUCCCUGCGUUAGUAACAUCAGCGCCCGGCCGUUCGAGAGCGAGGCCCAGCUCAAGGACCUGCUAGCCCGUCAGUGCCUGGAGACCGUCAGGUGGUGGGACAGCAUACGGUACCUCGACCAGCGGGAAAAGGUGAGACGCUGGAUCGGCAUUGGGCCCGGUAAGGUAGGGAGGAACCUGGUUGGCAAGGAGGUCGGAAUGCGUGGUAAGGGCAUCGUCAAGGGCGCGGGGGUGUGGGGCAUCACGGAGCCUAGUGAGGUCGAGGAGGUGUUGAGGGGCCUGGAGGAGACGGAGUUUGUUGUCGAUGAGCUGGACUGAUUUACGGCUCUCUGACUUGCUUUUUUUUUGGGCAGUCCAGUUUUGGCUAGUCGACAUACACCAAUCACUACAUGUCACAACCAACAGCGGUGAUCAUUUCUACAUGAAGCUCUUGUGGCAGCUUUGACAAAACUAAAACUGACUGAAGGAUCCAGUAACCUUGGACAACCUCAGCAGCUUGAACAUUAGUGACAUGUCUGUGUGGCCUAGCCUCCUGUCAUAGCUCCCUCCUCUUCGCGCUAGGGUGUACGGUACGCCAUCAGGGGCACGCCACGUUAGUGGACGGAUAUUUCCAGGUCCCAGCUACCACCAGGCUGGCCUCGUCUUAUUAUUGCUACUUCGCGAUCCUCGUUUCAUUUCAUUGGCCACCUAGAUACCGAUUUUUAACAGCAUUUCUUUUCUUCCAAGAGUAAACAAACAAACGUUGAAACUUUGAACUCUAUACGAGAAAACUCUUUUCUUUGCUUUUUUAUCUUUUAGCAACAGACAGGACAAGGUACUCCGUAUAACGACGAGGCCAUGUAUGUAACUACUGGUACGGAAAAUACGGAUCUUUUUGGGCAUGCACCCUAAAGGAACCAACCCAAUCGGGUCAAUAAUUGCACAGAUACGCCACAGCGGUUUCUUCCGGUUGUUUUCAUUUGGG